AUGGAUCAAGUACGAUUGAAAGGAUAUACCACCCAUUUCAGCACAAGCAAUAUGGUAAGGGAGAAAAAUCGUCAACGUUGCAGCAACCCGAUUGUGCAACGUUUUCUCAACGAUCAAUCUCUUGGAUACGUUGCAAUCGAUGAUCAUGUGAAGAGGCUGUUCUACGAGCAGUAUAUGGAGCCGUUAGAUUCGCUAUUGGAUUGGAUGAUGCAUCAGAAAGAAAAUGCAAAACAAAUCAUACUUCACAAAAGUGGUCAAAAGAGAAUACCAAAAACACCGCAACGCAACAAUUAUAUGAUGCGUGUUAAAUCGAGUUUUGACUCGAGAAAGAAGGAGCUGUUAACAUCGCAUACGAGCGGAUUCACAAACGAAGAAGACGAUGACCAACCCAGUUCACGUGUUCAUACGGCGAUUCGAAAACAAAACAUCCAAAAGGUUGCAACUCCAAAAUCGAUUCCGAAACGAAUAAAACAAGAAGUAAUAUCCCCGCCAGUGAAUGAUCUCAGCCAUUUACCAGUGCACUUGUCGCGUGAUCAUGUUUCUCGUAUCACAGAAGCAAGUCCGUCACGAUUUCGAGCACUAACGCGGAAGGAUUUGAAAAGUCCGGAUUUAUUCUCAUCACCGAACAAAACUUUAACACCAAGUCGAAUACCUGGUUAUGGUGCAUCGUCUGCGUCUAGAUAUCAGCAAUCAGCAAUAACGAAACCAAACCAGUCACCGUAUGUCGAAGCCGUCAAAGCGGUGAUUGCUGAACAGAAGACCAGAAACUCGGAAUAUGUGCGCGAAAUCGAGAGGAAAGCAAAGACGGUUAUUUCAAAUCGAGAGGAAAUUAUUAAGGAGCGAGCUGAGCGUGUUAAAAGGUGA